AUGUCUCAAUGUGUCGAACAACUGUCUGGUGGAGGCGAAAAUAAUGUAUACAAUGAGCUCGUUGCUAAGGUCAUAAACCGAGAACUCACCCCAGAAAAUGACCAGUUGACCCUCGAUCUGUGUAAUAAAGUCAAGGAUGAAGGGUCCGACCCUGCUCGUUCCGUCGUGCUAUCUAUCCUAAAGUGGAUCUCGCACAACAAACUCAACGCUCUUUCUCUUGUCGAUGCCCUAUCCAAAAAUUGUGGUGGCACCGCAAAUAGGGAGAUUGCUUCGCUUAAGAGGUAUGCUCUCAGCUCAAUUUCACGUUGGAGAAAAAAAUGGGCGGACGAAGAGGGUUUGCCGACUAUGAAGGAUUGUUUUAAUACUUUGGAAGCAGACUACUACUGGACAGGAAGCAACUUUUUGUCAUUUAAGGAUAUCUUCCAAUCAAAAGGGUAUGAACUGUGGAACAACACCGGGCUGGCGAGGGCUUUUGUUCCACCAAAUACGAAUCCCCGCGCACCAGAUGGCUUCAGCUACGAUGAUCCUUCAGGUGCUGCCUGCAAGCCUUACUUCAGUGCGGCCGUUGAGAAACACUGGCCUGCUCGUACACCUGAUAACCAAGAUGUCUUGCUUGUUCUAAUCAAGGACCCUGUCGAACUUGCGAUUUUACGUGACGUCGCAAUGGGUACUAAAGGUGGGAUUGAUAGGAAUCAUGUCCUUCCACUGUUGAGGAUCAUCGAGCAUGAGAAGCUCACCUUUGGUGUAUUUCCUUUGAUUGGAAUGUCUCUUCUACAUCCGUGGUUCGCAAAUCUAAACCAGAUGUUAGAUGCAAUUUACCAGAUCCUAGAGGUGUGGUGUUUUUUCACGAUAACCUUAUUGCUCACCGGGUACGAAAAUCUACAUGUUCGCAAAGUGUUCGAAAACUAA